GAGACUCGGGAACGAGAAACAUCCGCGGUUUACCAAGGAAGCUCUGGGUGCGUCGCGCGCCCCGAUUUACCAGGAACAGUGUCGGUUCCGUGGGUUGCUUACUCGAGUAUCGACCUAUGCUGUGUCGUGCGGGGCAGAAGGCAAAAUCGAUGAUGCCGGUGGGAAUAACACACACGUACAUCUCGAGCUAGUGUGGAUAACAUGGUUCCAUUCACCACCGCAUUGGCUUGGCUGGGACCAUGGACCCCUACCUUUACCUUGUUGUCUUGGUCUCCUUGACAGACCAUACGUAGUAGGUAGCUACGCAAGCAUUUGUAAGCUGGAGGGGAGGCCCGGCUUGACGAUGGGCAAGGAGGGGUUAUCGGUAUCGGGGCAGAGGAGCUUUUUUCCCCUGGGCGACGCAAGUGCCGACUGGAUUGUUACUUAAAGGGGCUUGUUGAUCUAGAGCUUUUGCAAUUGAGUUUGGCUUUGGUUACCAAAGUAGAUACCCCUCCGAACAACAACACUUUACAACUUCUAUACCAACACAGCUAUCAACACAGAGGUAGGCAUUCAUUCGCCCAACACUCGGACAGAGACCAACACUGAUAUAUCACAAUCCAGAAUACCCAAACAAUACGCACAAACAAUGGCGACAAACCAAGCAGUAAAGACAAUCGAAGCGGGCGUCGCAAAGGUAGUCGACGCGCCCGUCCCCACCCUCCCCGCCGACGACUACAUCCUCGUCAAGACGACGGCCGUGGCGAUCAACCCGACGGACUGGAAGCACGUCGACCUCGCCGAUAAGGCGGGCUGCGUCGGCAUCUGGGUCGGGUGCGACUACGCCGGCGUCGUCGAGGAGGUGGGCAAGGGCGUGACGAAGGAUUUCAAGAAGGGGGAUCGGAUUUGCGGGCCUGUCAACGGAUCAAACGCUCUGAGAGAGAUUGACGGCGCGUUCGCAAAGUACAUCGCCGUCAAGGGCGACGUGCAGAUCAAGACGCCGGACAACAUCUCAGACGAAGAGGCCGCGACGCUCGGCAUCGCCGUCACCACAGUCGGCCAGGGCCUCUACCAAGGCCUCAACCUCCCCCUCCCAACCGAACCCACGACCGCCACCCCGGCCCCCACGAUCCUCAUCUACGGCGGCAGCACGGCGAUGGGCAUCUCGGGCAUCCAAUACGCGAAACUCUCGGGCUACCGCGUCCUCGCCACCUCGUCGCCUCACAAUUUCGAGUACCUCAAGUCGCUCGGCGCCGACGAGGUCUACGAUUACAAGUCGCCCACCGUCUCGGAAGAUAUCCGCAAGGCGACAAACGACGAGCUUACGCUGGCGUGGGAUUGCCAGUCGACCAACGAGAGCGUCGUCUUGGUGGCGAAAGCGCUGAGCAGCACAAAGGGAGGUGUUAUUGGGACUCUGCUGCCUGUUGAUAAAAAGGUCGUCAAGGAGGUGAAUGACAAGGUGGAGGUGAAGAUGAGUUUGUAUUAUACUGUUUUUGGGGAGGAGUUUGGAUACUUUGGCAAGAGGGACCCCGUACAGGAAAACUACGAGUUCGGCAAAAAGUUUUGGGAAAUCAGCCGCGGGUUGCUGGCCGAGGGCAAGCUGAAGCCCAUCCGCGUCGUCAAGAACCAGGGGGGCAGCGGCCUCGAGGGCGUCGUUGUCGGGUUGAAGGAGUUGAAGGAGGGCAAGGUCAGCGCCGGCAAGCUCGUCUACACCAUUUGAGAAC